GUUCUCUCUUUUGAUCUUUUCGACUCUACAAGACACACAAACACCAAAUUUCAACAUGGGUAAGGGUAAGCCAAGAGGAUUAAACUCUGCAAGAAAGUUGAGAGUUCACAGAAGAAACAACAAGUGGGCCGACCAAUCUUACAAGGCCAGACUUUUGGGUACAGCUUACAAAUUCUCUCCAUUUGGUGGUUCUUCACACGCCAAGGGUAUCGUUUUGGAAAAGAUCGGUAUUGAGUCCAAGCAACCAAACUCUGCUAUCAGAAAGUGUGUCAGAGUCCAAUUAAUCAAGAACGGUAAGAGAGUUACCGCUUUCGUUCCAAACGAUGGUUGUUUGAACUACGUCGAUGAAAACGACGAGGUCUUAUUAGCCGGUUUUGGUAGAAGAGGUAAGGCUAAGGGUGAUAUUCCAGGUGUUAGAUUCAAGGUUGUCAAAGUCUCUGGUGUCUCUUUAUUAGCUUUAUGGAAAGAAAAGAAGGAAAAGCCAAGAUCAUAAUCCUGUUUACUAUUCUUAACGAAAUAUAAAGCUUCCUUUCAAAUGUCUAAUAUAUCUAUCUAAAUAUACAAACAAAUAUAUUUGCUCCAUAUCAAUCAAGGAAAAGCCUCACGGGUGCAGAUGCGUUUACGAUUCAGAAUGGGCGUUCAACAGCAAGAUGUAGGUGCCGUAUACGCAACCGAUUACGCUUGCCAUAUUGUUGUACUCCCCCCUUUUACUCUCCAACUUGUCCAGAAGAUGCUUCGAUC